UAAGUGUGGUUGAUGGUGCUAACGGCAUGAAUAGACAUCAACUUAACGGCACUGUAACUUGAUGCUACCGCGCAGUGAUCACUGUUUAAGCACCGUUAAUUGCGAAAAAUUGACUUAUGGUGGAAAUAAACUUACAGUGCAGUGCUGGAACGGGUCCUCCGCCGCUAGUCGAGGACGCACUGUAUAUGUGUAGCAUAUAUGAUUAAUGACACUUUGAUGUGUAUUUGCAUGUAACCCUGUUACACUAAGGGUUGAUAUUUUUCUUGAUGUAUGAUAAAAAUCAGUACAAGACAUAUAUGUGUUGAAAUGGUAAAUCUGCCUGUUAUCUGUAAAAUGUUUUGGUGUUGAAGUAAGAAAUUAGCAUCAUGAAAUUCCUUCUAAAUUUUUGUAGGUGUAUAUUUAAGCACAGGUUCUUAAAUGGAACGUCUUUAUCAAUUGGCACUUGAAACCAUGGUAAUGUUGUGCUGUUUGUUUUUUUAUUACAGAGGAUGGCAGGGGAAAGGUUAUUUUAGUCCCUGGCAACACUCCCUAUAGUCAAGGGCCAUUGUCUCGCCUGUGGCUGUGGAUUUCCAAUCCUGUCUUAUGUUUUAUGUUAAGGGAUUGGAUUCUUGUAGCACAAAAUCAAAACUCCAAAAAUCAAAAGAUGGCAGGCACUGGGAAGAAUGAAGAAGUUCUAAAAGAGAGCUUCAUGACAAAGCGUUCUCAAAAUAAACGAGCUUUUACCCACCCCAACUGGAAGGAGCGCUGGUUUGUGCUCUCGCCCGAAAAUCUCAUCUACUAUGACGGUGACAAACAGAGUGGCAGGCGGAAAGAGCGUGGCCGCGUGAAGCUCUCUCAAGUGGUGGCUGUGGAGUGUGUGGACACUGAGGUCUUCCACCGCGAUUGGGUCUUCCAGCUUUGCUACAACUCGGAAGAGAACGAGCAGAUUGUCCUGUACAUUGCCGCUGCUACCUCACAGGAACGCGACCAGUGGCUGGACCACUUACGUAGAUUAGUUGCUCAGAACCCGUGCUUGAGCGACCACUACCACAACGGCUGCAUAAAAGGAAAUCAGUGGACUUGCUGCAAAGGGGGGAAGGACGUCGCUGCCUGUACCAGAGUGACUUGGACCAACAAUAAUCCAGUAGUCUCUGUUGUGUAGUCAGUGAUCUUUUUCGCCUGGUAGUUCUCCUAGUUAGAACCCUUUUCUCAGUCUCUUCAAUUCGACGAGUGUUCCAGAAUGUAAAAUCUAUUUUAGGAUUGUAUUUAAGAUGUUAGAAAGACUCCAGUGCUGUGAAUCGUAUAUGAACUCUGUAGCAAUGUUCCUUCUUCGACAAAGAAGACGAUUUCACGAAGAGAAAAAAAACCGGAUCGAGGGAAAUUUUCAUUUCCGAUUGCUGGAUGUUUGAGUGGUUGAUAUCUUCAAGUCCGUUGGCGAAUACUAAAUUAUGGGAAUUUUUGUGUGUUGUUUUCUUCCUGUGUAUUGUUACUGCUAUGGAAAGCUGAUUUGGUUGUUUACAAAAUAUAGUGGCAGGUUUUUUUCUCCUGUUCUUGAACUUAUUUAAAAGAAUAUUCUUUUUUCUUAUUCGGAAAACUGUUUUAUUCUAUGUUGUAUGUUAAUGUGGAACUGGGAUUAUAUAA